AAAUUUAACAAUCGAUCCAACCAGCCCAUCACGAGGGCACUGAUUCGCAUUUUUUUUCUAAAUUUCAGUUCCAGCAAAAUUUUUGUAGCGAUAUAUUGAAAUAAAUCAGUUUUUAUAUUUAUUUUUACACCCCAUUUAUCAAAAUUAUCAGUGUUCAUAAUGCAGAGGGAGUGCAUCUCAGUGCACGUCGGCCAAGCCGGCGUUCAGAUGGGGGUGGCGUGCUGGCAGCUGUACUGCCUGGAGCACGGCAUCCGGCCCGACGGCACUCUGCCGGCCUGCGAAACUGACGCCAACGCGGGGGACUCCUGCUUCAACACCUUCUUCUCGGAGGCCGACCGGGGCAAGAUGGUACCCAGGGUGGUAAUGGUGGACCUUGAGGCUACUGUCAUUGACGAAGUCCGGUCCGGCGAGUACCGGCAGCUGUACCACCCGGAGCAGCUGAUCACAGGCAAGGAAGACGCGGCCAACAACUACGCCCGCGGACAUUACUCCACUGGGCGGGAGGUGCUAGGUCCUGUCAUGGAGCGCGUGCGCAAGCUGGCUGACCAGUGCACGGGAUUGCAGGGAUUUUUCGUGUUCCAUUCAUUUGGUGGAGGAACUGGAUCUGGCUUCACAUCUCUUCUAAUGGAAAAGUUGUCAGACGAAUUUGGAAAGAAGAGUAAACUGGAAUUUGCAAUAUAUCCAGCACCACAGGUGUCCACAGCGGUGGUGGAGCCGUACAACGCGGUGCUGACGACACACGCCACCAUCGGCCAUUCCGACUGCGCGUUCAUGGUGGACAACGAGGCCAUCUACGACAUCUGCCGGCGGCGUCUGUCCAUCGAGAGGCCGUCUUAUGCCAAUCUUAACAGGCUAAUUUCACAAGUGGUAUCCUCAAUCACGGCGUCGCUCCGCUUCGACGGCGCGCUAAAUGUGGACCUAACGGAGUUCCAAACCAACUUGGUUCCGUACCCGAGGAUACACUUCCCCCUCGCAGCGUACGCGCCUGUCGUCUCUGCUGACAAGGUGAAACAAUUGCAGGCAUACCACGAGGGCAUGUCGGUGUCUGAGAUAACGUCUGAGCUGUUCGAGCCGCAGAAUCAGAUGGUGAAGUGCGACCCUCGCGACGGCAAGUACAUGGCGUGCUGUCUGCUGUACCGCGGGGAUGUGGUGCCCAAGGAUGUCAACGCUGCUAUUGCCGCAAUGAAGGGCAGGGCUGGCAUCCGGUUCGUGGACUGGUGUCCAACUGGAUUUAAAGUGGGUAUAAACUACCAGCCACCAUCGGUGGUGGCGGGCGGCGACCUGGCACAGGUGAAGCGCGCCGCGUCCAUGCUCAGCAACACUACAGCCAUCUCGGAGGCGUGGGGCAAACUCGACCACAAGUUCGACCUCAUGUACGCGAAAAGGGCAUUCGUGCACUGGUAUGUUGGCGAAGGCAUGGAAGAGGGAGAGUUUUCAGAAGCACGAGAAGAUCUCGCGGCUUUGGAAAGAGAUUACGAGGAGGUAGCCGUGGAGACAUCAGACCUACAGCCCGGUUGUGACGACGACGAACUAUGACGUCACAACACACGUUCCGCCGCGUCACGCCCGUGCACGACUUGCCUACUACAUACAGUGAGGCGAUAUUGCUCUGUAUGUUCCAAUACAUAGAUUAGAAAAAGGGAGCAAGAAUUCUAGCGAAAUUGAACAAUAGUGCACAGAGUGCUAUUUUGCCUCAGUGCUAGCCCAAGGCGACUGGCUGCGUCGCCGCCGAAGCGGAUGCUAGAAAACAGCGGCCGCAUGGUUAUAGUGAUUUAUUAUUGCAGAACUAGGAAAUUUUUUAUAAAGGUUCGAAAAUGUCCGCGGAGGUCGGAUGAUGCUCGAGUUGCUCACACUGUUCCUUCCUUGCCGAAUUUGAAGCGGGGUCCCCCUCUCCGAAGAGUUUCUUUAGCGGGCAGUCUUGCGACGUCUUUUUUUUUUUGGAGUUUAUCAAAAUUUUAACAGCAAAUACGCGUUAAAGAAACUAUAUAUUUUCUUGUAGAACCGUGACGCAAGUGAACAAUCUUAUUUAAGUGUAAUUGUGAAGUAUUUUGUGCCCGUCAAUCUGUGUCGUGAAACUAUUUUGAAAAAGUUUUGAAAGUUUUGUACAGUCAUGUCCGCGUUUUAAUAAAUUGUUUUAUUUGCCAUA